ACACCCAGUCCCUGAGUUCAAGCCCCAGGACCAUCAAAAAUGUAAAAAGAAGCCUGCUGAACCUGUCCACUAUUGAUUCCCCAUAGGAAGAUGGCUGAAUUGUUAUUUUGUGAACCAACAAGGCUUUAUAACAUCUUGAAUCAGGCUACAAAACUGUCCAGGUUAGCUGAACCCAACUAUCUCUAUUUAUUUGAUGUUCGUCCAAAAAAAGAAUAUGAUGAGAGUCACGUGAUCACGGCCAUGCUGGUGAAGAAGAAGGGGAACCAGUACCUCGUCCCUGAGUGCCUGGAUCUGGACUGUGUGAGGUACUGUGUGGUAUACGAUAAAAACACCAGCUCGCUGGAGGUGCGCCUCAAAUCCGACCACACACACAAGGGAGACAAGCCCAAGGCCAAGCCCAAGAGACACAGCCAGCAGUACGGCCCCAGCAGCCAUUACAGCACUGAGGACAGGAAUGACGAGGAGGGGGAUGCCGACGAGGGAGAAGAAGAUGAAGAAGAGGAGGAGGAAGAGAGGGAGGAGGAGGAGGAAGAAGAGGAAGAUUUCACAGAACUGGAGCCCGGGCCUGCCGUGCAGUUCGGUCGGGUCCUCAUUCACCUCACCCGCCACCCAGUCUACAUCCUGAGAGGUGGCUAUGAGCACUUCACCAGCCUGUACCACUUCCUCCGGACCCAGAAAAUCAUCUGGAUGCCCCAGGAGCUGGAUGCCUUUCAGCCCUACCCUAUUGAGAUCAUACCCAGCCGUGUCUACCUGGGAAGCUUCAAGCAAGCCUGUGACCCCAGGAUCAAGAAGGACCUGAAAAUCAAAGCCCACGUCAACGUGUCCAUGGACUCCACUCCCUUUUUCCAGGGGGACGCAGAUCACCUUCUGCAUGUGAAAAUAGAAGACACCCCGGAGGACAGCAUCAUCCCACAUCUGCGUUCCAUCUGUCACUUCAUGGAAAUUCACAUUGAGCUUAACUCCGCCAUUCUGGUCUUUUCUACCCUGGGCAUCAGUCGCAGUUGUGCUGCAGUGGUGGCCUUCUUAAUGCAUCAUAACGAGGAGACCUUGAAGAGGUCCUGGACCUAUGUCAAGCAGUGCAAACCUGCCGUGCGGCCCAACCGGGGCCUGUUGAGCCAGCUGCUGGAGUGGGAGAGUAUGGUCCUUGGUAUGUCCGUCACAGACAUCACGGAGCAGUUCUGCUGAUGUCUUUGCACCCUGCUGGGGCUGUGGGCCAGUACACACGGGGCAGCUGGGUUGUCCUGGAAGAAGAGCCUUUGCUGCCUGAAGUUUCUGUGUGUGUUCUGCUGCCAUUCUUCCCAGGCCCCUAGCU